CGUACAGAAUUUGCUGCCCAGAUGGGUUUGGACUCUAUGCUCCAAACUUCUCCGACACACAGCGCCCUAUCUGCACUCCUUUGUGUGGCCAGAGAUAUUGCUGGAUGUCACCAGCUACAGUGGAACAACUUCAACUGUGGUUCCCAUGACGGCUGGUGUGAAUGGAACCUUGGUGCUCGCAAGUGCCUUUGACGGUGCUAGUGCGACGGUUACGGGAACGCCGACGACGUCCACUUCAGCUAUAACUACAACCGAAUCCUCCACAACUACAAGUCAACCGUCCACAACUACAACUACGGCGACAACGUCAAAAACUCUCCAACUACUUCCACGACAUCGUCCACCUCUAUCCCCUCCACCACCUCCACCACAUCAACUACUUCAGCCACUACCGCUGCUGGCCCUACGCCGACAGCCAUAUCUCAGCUGCCAUCUUGCGGACAAACAUGUUUCAGUAACAUGUUGGCGCAAUACACGACUCUUGGCUGCGGCACCUCCGACCCAGCCUGUCUCUGUAGGAAUGUCAACCUUGGCUAUGGUAUCCGUGACUGCGCCAAUGGUGCUUGUGGUGCUGUUAUCGCUAGUACAGUUAUUUCUUUUGAAAGCUCAUCUUGUGCGUCUGCAACUGCAGCUCAUUAAAAGUCGAGGUGAUGGUUCGAGGUAGCCGGGAUGGCGUCGCCAAGUUGGCCUAGGUGCCGCUAAACUGUUUCUCGGUACACUAUAUAGACUUGAAUAAAGAUUAGAAAAGAAUUAAUGAAGGCAAAGUGC